CUGUGCUUGUGUUGUUGUCACGCUGAGAUACUCGCAGGUCAUUCAACUGGCAAUUUCAUUAUUCCAAUUAGUUGUAAUGGCAGAGAUGUUGCGUCCGUUUGUUGUAAAGUUUGUUGCUAGAGUGCUGCUGUUGCUGCUGAUGUAUGUUGCUGCUCUCGUCGAUCGACAAUGCUGCGGCAGUUGUUACUACGAAGGAAAACAGAAUAAAAAAGUGGUCGAGUCCAUCCACAGUAGGAACAAAGAAUCCACUGGGACAAAGACUGAUGAGGGCCAAGCAAAGAAGAAAACGACGCCGGACAGAGUUGACGUUAGCAACACAGAAAUAAAGAGCUUGGUCCUGGGAUCAUAAGAUCAUGGCAAAAUGAAGGACAGAGACCAGGCCGUUGUCAGAGAUGCAAUUCAUUUGAAAGAUGUUCAAAGGUGUUGAAAAAAAUAAGUGCGAGAUGCGUAAUAUUCGAGUGUUGAGAAUAAAGAAAGCGUAUAGGACAAGUGUUGCUCGAGUGGUGACUGAAAGGAACGUGAGAUGCGGCAAAGCUGAAUUCAAUGGAGCGUGUGUGAGUUGGCAAUUGAGCAGGUCGAGUGUUGCAAUGGCGGCGAGCAGUACGUAAGAAAAAAAACAAGUAGAGGAAAAAGAAGUGAAGGAGCGAAAG